AUGACAAGGGAGGUUCAAAGACUCUCAGCAGCAGUGCAAGAAUAUGAAAGCUUGCUUCACGAUUUGCGGAAUGCGACGGAGUCUCGCACAAGUGGCUGGGUUAAGGCAUUGCUGGACAAGCAUGGCCAGAACACGAGUACCUCCUUCGAAUACCCCCAAUCUCUUUUGUCAACAUCACAGAACACGGCCGAAUCCGUCAAACCAUCUUCACCAUUGUCCAUCGGGUCACUGGAAGCUAUCGAUCGAGUGGAUGAGGACCUGAACCGCACAAACCGCACCCGCGCAACCGGCUUCAUUGGAAAAACUUCGGAAAUAUCCUGGAUGAAAAGGCUCCAGAAGGAAAUAAACAAACUUACUCGGGGCAAAAAGAAUGCCUCGGGUCCCGGCGAAGACAAAAAAGAAGACACAAAAGAUAGAGUCUCUCUCCAUACCCUGAACUAUCGCCUCGACGACCUCAAUAUAUCUGUGCCGGAGCCGAUACAACUCUAUAUCCUGCCAUCACGAUCGCUAGCCGACCAGCUCGUCGAUGACUAUCUACAAACCGUUCACCCAUUCUUUCCUAUCAUCAGCAAAUCAAUGUUUCGCGUCCAAUACGAAGGGUUAUUCGAUAACUCGACCCGGCCGAGUGACAAGUGGCUUGCUAUCCUGAAUAUCAUAUUCGCAAUAUCAGCCAGACACGCACAUCUUAUCAAAGCACCAUGGCGUGGCGAUGAACAUGAUCACUUGGUGUACUUGACCCGGGGUCGACGGUUGAGUAUGAACGGCGAAAUUUUGUUCAGCCACCCUGAUCUGCAGCAAGUUCAAGUGGAAGGCUUGAUUGCAUUCUAUCUAGCUGCAUCUGAUCAGAUCAAUCGUGCGUGGAGAAUCCAAGCCUUGGCACUGCGUUCGGCCAUCACACUCGGCAUCAAUCUGAAGGCCGAAAACCCGAAAAAUUCCAACAUUUCCAAAGAAACACGUUAUAGAGUUUGGUGGUCCCUGUACACCUUCGAGCAUUUGUUAGGCGUCAUGACUGGCCGGGCGAUCUAUACUUUCGACGGCGGUUACUCUACUCCUUUACCACUCCCUUUUGAAGAGCACCAACUACAAGACGAUCCAAAGGCCAUCGAGGUACUCAACGAUUCUGCAUUGAGGGACGAGCGAAUUAGCGAGGUUAUGGCGAGUUCAUGGAUCAGCAGCACAGAGGACACCCAAAAUUCCAGGCCGCGGGAUCAAACAUGGCUGAAAGGAUUGCCGGUCAAUACGGGGCUAUGCUAUCUCUACUACUGUGAUUUGGCAGUUGUCACGCAGGAAAUUGUGAACAAGGUCUAUUCCACAAAUGCGGUGACGCUUGUGUGGUCGGAGAUUGAAAAUCGGCUCGAUGAACUCAGGUCUCGAAUCGACAUCUGGAAAUCGAGUCUGCCAACGGCGCUCGACUUUGAGAAAGAACCGACUGAUGACAGUCCUGAGCAGCAUCGAUGUAGAUUGGUGCUGGCCUUUCACUACUACAGCGCGCGCAUGAUCCUAGGACGUCCCUGCUUCUGCCGGAGGGAUCCGCGCCAGAGGAAUUCCCUCUGGACUUACAGUUAUACGAUGGCAGUUUUCACGUUGGAGUCGGCUACCCGCAUGCUUGACUUGAUUCCGGAUGACCCAAACGUCUUCCAGCUUUAUCACCUAUGCCCGUGGUGGGGUGUACUGCGCUAUCUCAUGCAGGCAGCGACCAUCAUCCUUCUCGAGCUUUCGUUUGGCUGCGUUCAUGUGCCGAAGGAAGAAGAGAAGCUUGUAAGGCUAUCCAAAAAGUCCAUUCGUUGGCUCUUUGCCAUGUCCGAACGCAGUGUUGGCUCGCGUCGGGCAUGGCAACUCUGCGAUUCCAGCUUCCGGAGCUUGGCAAACAAAAUGAACUACAACACCGACGAUAUACCUUCUCCACUGUCUUACCCAGAGAAUGCAAAAACUGAGGCAACGUCUGAGUCUCAUACUGAGUCUGACCAAGUUGCUUCGUUCGCCCCCAGCGACUAUCAUGACCCAAGGCCGGAAGGAUUGAUGGAUACCUUUCGUCCAGUACCGGAAACGGGCUUCUACACCACAUACCUCAAUUUCCCGACCCCAGAUUUGACGACCUCGCUGCAACUCCCAUCCGAAACGGAUGAUUCAUAUUUCCCUUACGAUUCCCUCAGCGAAGAACUCAUGCGAUCUUUCUUGCCUUCCUUCGAUGGAGACAGUGGGGAACAAGGCUGA